CUUCAUCCUCCACUCUCUAUACUUUUCUAUCAUGAUUCCUGCGGUUUAGGCUUCGUCAUGCCAUCCGACAUCCGCCGGAAACCUAUUCCGGCUGCAGUCCCUUACGAUGACUUGGGCGUUACGCGUGGGGUGACGUCCGUCCCCACUCCACCCCCUAAUUAUCACCUCCACGCGUCACCAGCCCCGUCUGCACGAACUCUCCAUCGAUACCCCAGCCAGCCUGACUUCCGUGCGCCCUCUCCUGCGAGAAACCUUCCCCCUUCUUUGAUGCCUGCCCGGCCGAAUCAGGCCCCACCGAGAUACCCUAGCAAUUCCGACAUUUAUGCGCCGAAUGAACGAAACCUACGGCCACCGUUGACGCCUAGCGAUAGCUCGCAAACGCUGCCGAGAUAUCCUAGUCCCGACCUUCGCUCUCCAAGCCCUUCCUAUACUUCAUAUCGGCCAUCGACAUCAAGCGGUCCGUCUCAACCACCUCCCCAAUACCCAACCGAACCGGUCCUCCGCUCGUCCAAGUCCUCCAACAACCUCCGACCACCAUUAACCUCCACCGUCUCCGCCCAAACCCUCCCCCGAUAUCCCAGCAAUCCCGACCUUCUCACACCCAAUCCCUCAAACCCACCCCCUCGCGCUGCUACAGAUGUCCUCCCAACAACUACCCCCCCUCCCCCGGCCCCAUCCGCGUCUUCCGAGCCUUCCGCCGUGCAAAAAGCCUACGGCGAAGCGCGCCACUUCCUCGGCGGCCUCAUCGCCCACCCCACCGAAUCCACAAAACACUAUACCAUCCUGCGCCACUCCCACGGCGUCGUCUUCUACCGCGGCAGCACCACCUCCGUCACCCUCUCCAUCUUCUCCGACGCCCCCCUCCCCGCCGACCGAACCCUCUGGCUCCAAAGCAAAGGCUGGUCCGGCAAGACCGGCAUGCGCACGAAGGCCCUCCUCCGUCUCAACGACGACUGGAUCAACGUGACGCCGUCCCUAGCCCUGCACGCAGACCAGGUCCCACCUGCCGACGAACGCGCCUGGCAGCGCGACAUCGAGAAGUUCCGGCGCAAGAACACCAGCAAUAAGACCCGUGCGCAUGUCCUUCGCGAAACCGUCGUCGCGCGUAUCCCCGCCGACGCAGGCGACGGGUACUUCCAGCUUGUGCUCUGCGGGCCCAAGAAGAAGGUCCUAUGCGGGAGUCCGGUCUUCCGUGUCCUUUCGACCUCGCUCAGCCCGAGCUCCGUCCGCGGCGCGAGUCUCAGCACCUUGCCGCUCGAAAUGGGCGCCAUGGUCCUCGGCUUGUAUGCCCAGGCCACGGCGAACAGAGUCAUCGGGCCUGCUGCGGCGGUGGUGCAAUCAAAAGUCGACCGCUACUCGCCCAGCACGGUAAAGAAAUUCGCCGCCGAGAAGGCCAUCACCGUCAGCGGUGUCGGCAAUCACGUCGCGGGCAUGAUCAAGGCCGCACCGGAAACAACAGCCUACGGCCAGGGCCAGGGCCAGGGGCAGUUCCAAACUACAGAGUCCCUUGAUCUAGGCCCGCAGCCGCCUUUCCCGAUGGACUUUAAGGCGCGCGGGACUCCGUCGCAGGCAGUAGCGGAGUCAGACGAUCUGCGCUUCACCCUGGCGAAAGUCCCUGAUUCCAUCACGGAUCAGUUACAUGGUGUUUUCUUCGGCUGGGCUCGCUUCCUUGAUGCGAAUCCGCAGAGCCAACGACCUCAAUAUUGGAUACAAGCUAUCAUCUCCGUGGCGUCCAUGGACCCGUCACUACAAACCCGCGUCAAUAUGUCCCAGACCAUGCGCAGGACUGUAUCCCUGCGUCUAUUAGACGCCGAUGACGCCUCCCUUCCCCCGUCUCCUCUUCCUCAAACAUACCCUCACCCACAAUCAUCACCACAACCACCGAUCUGGGAUGAGAAACAACCUCUCCCGCCCCCAUCACCUCAACAGCCCAAACCAACCGCAUCACCAGCACCAGUCCCAACCCAAUGCAAACUCCAAAUCCGCAUCAUGGGCUUCCUUCGCCCCACCCUCCCCCCUCCAACAGCCAGCACAGAACGAGACCUCCUCGUCGCGCGAGAACAAGCAGCCGAGACGGCGCUGCUAGCAGACGCCUGCGACGCGACGUAUGCGCAGAGCGCGCUGGACCAUCCGGCGUGGGGAGCGGAGCAGGUUGGUGCGAAGGGCGCCGGGGAAGGGGCGAAUGGGACGUGGAUGGAGAAGACGAGAGAGGGGUAUCAGAGUGCGUUGUCGAGGGGGCAGCGCAUGGUCGAGAAUGUGCCUUUGCAUUGGAUUGGGGUGAGGUCGACGGCGGCGGAGAUUAGGGAUCGGCAGGUUGGAGCGAGUGGGUUUUUUAUUGUUCGCUAGGGAGAGUGUUAUCUGGGUGGUUUAUGGGGUUGUUGGACUGUAUUAUAGGUGGGUUAGAGUAUAUAUGGAGACGUGUAUAGUAUAGUAUAGUAUCU